CUGCUAACAACUUUAUAUACCCAACUGUUGGCUAACUUCCAAGUUGUUUUUCUCUCUUUCACCACUCAUGGUCCCUAAAAUGUAACACUUUUCUCUGCUUAAAUCCAUAGUUAGGUCGAACACCACUGCACGUUGCAGCACUUCACAAUCAGAGGCGUAUUGUGACGAUGCUGUUAAAUUUCCACGCUAGGAUUGAUAUAGUUGACACUGAAUCAGAUAAUCCGAUGCAUAUUGCAGUAUCAAUGGGACAUGCUGACAUCGUGAAGCAAUUAUUGCGAGCCAACAAAGAUAGAUUGGAACUGGACUGUUUUUCUCGUGAUACUAGUGGACCAAACGAGAAUGUAGAUAUACGUCCGAUGACUAAUGCUCAAAAUGAAGAACCAUUCGAUAUCGCCUUGCGCCAACGCUGCACUGAAAUCUUAAGGAUUAUUUGGUCAGAUUUCAUGGAAAAGCAUGAAGUAUUACGAUAUUCAUAUCAUCGUCUGCAUCCUGCUCGAUUGGUAUUGGAAGAUAUUGAAAAUCUUCGAGAAAAUUCAAUGAAUGGAGCAAACAAUGACAUGAUCACAAGCCUCUCAAGCUCUAACGGUAGCGAUGAUACAACUUCGUCUGAGGAGGACCUAUCAGCAAUGAUAUGCAAUCAGAGAUACUCAGAUAGUAAGAAUUUGAAAUACAAAUAUAUUCAUAAUAACUUAAACGAGACAGCACCUCCCUCAAACACUGCCGAUUCAGCACCGGAUGAAGAUUUCGAAAAGGAUAAGUUAAACGAAUCACCUAGGGAGAGUAUCCAUGACGAAGCAAUAAUAUCAACUGGGGCACGUUUCAAGCCAUCUUGCAAUGUGAGCUCGCGCGAUUUGGAUAACGAAUGUAAUUCUUUAACUCCAAAUGAAUCAUCUACAUCGAAUCCUCCACCGAAAGGAAAUACUAAAUCAAACUUGUUCAGUCGACUCCUUUCAAAAAUAUUCAAACGUAAAAAGUCUUCUAGAAGUUGUCGGCGAAAAGUCUUGAGAUCUAUUUGUAUUCCCACAGAUAAUCAUCAGCAGCUAAGCGGUUUCGAGAAAAUAGGCGAAGGCUGUGAUGAUCUUUGA